GAAAAAAAAAAAAAAAAAAACCGUUCCCCUGUCCAUCUUUCUCCUCUCAUUCAUGCUUUAAAUUCGCACUAACCUCUCUCAGCAACACCAACCAAGUUAUCCUCGUAUCUUCUCUCAUUCCGAAACUUCCAUCGUCCCAAAACAAAAAUCCCCAACAUGUCAGAAUCAGAGGAGCGAGCCACGCUGACGUGGCGCAAAAUCCCCAUCCUCCUCAAAUCCUCCCCCAACGACGUCGUUCUCGUCCCCCCCACCAGCCCCCGCAAAAACGACGCCGUCACCGGCUUCUUCGCUCCGACCAGUGGCACCCGCUGUAAAUUCGCCAGCGUCUCGGUGGCAGAAAGGAAAUUCGACAAAGAAUUCGCGCCCACGGCGGCACAGCUUCUGCAGCACCCCCUCGCCGUCGUCGCAUUGGUUCCCAAAGACGCCGCCCUCUUUCUCGCCGGCGCCCUUGCCGGCGCCGCCGCGAAAUCCUUCACUGCCCCCCUCGACCGCAUCAAGCUCCUCAUGCAGACUCACGGCGUGCGAGUUGGACACGGAAGCGCGAAGAAGGCGAUUGGUUUCAUUGAGGCCUUAACUGUAAUAGGGAAGGAAGAAGGCAUCAAAGGUUAUUGGAAGGGCAACCUCCCCCAGGUGAUUCGGGUUAUACCUUACAGUGCUGUCCAGCUUUUUGCUUAUGAAAUUUACAAGAAAAUAUUCAAGGGAAAGGAUGGUGAGCUCUCUGUUCUGGGAAGACUUGCAGCAGGUGCUUUUGCUGGCAUGACAUCAACUUUUAUAACUUACCCAUUAGAUGUCCUGAGAUUACGAUUAGCUGUUGAACCUGGUUAUCGAACAAUGUCAGAGGUUGCGUUGAGCAUGCUAAGAGAGGAAGGAUUUGCAUCUUUCUACUAUGGCCUUGGGCCUUCUCUGAUUGGAAUAGCUCCAUAUAUUGCAGUGAACUUUUGUGUUUUUGAUUUAUUAAAGAAGUCAUUGCCAGAGAAAUAUCAAAAGAGAACUGAAACAUCUCUAGUCACUGCUGUGGUUUCUGCAUCACUUGCCACACUUACAUGCUAUCCUCUGGAUACAGUGCGAAGACAGAUGCAAUUGAGGGGUACACCUUAUAAGACAGUAUUAGAUGCCAUUUCAGGUAUUGUGGCACGGGAUGGAGUUAUUGGCUUGUAUCGGGGAUUUGUGCCCAAUGCUUUGAAAAACUUACCAAACAGCAGCAUCAGGCUUACUACAUAUGACAUUGUCAAACGCCUAAUUGCAGCUAGUGAGAAAGAGUUUCAAACAAUUACUGAGGAAAACCGCAACAAACAAAAGAAACCCCAAUAGUCAAAGACAGUGAACCUAGGAUUCAUAUUGUUUUUAGCCAUUCUUUUCCCGCUGGAAUUUUGUGGAAGUAAUGCUUCAGCAAUUCUGUCCAGUAUUAGCGGGAAUUGCUUUUUAGAUAAGCCAAACUGUCAGCAGUUAUGAGUAUAUACCAGCAACCAAUAUUUGGUAUCUUGGGGCUAUAAAUUUUGCAGGACACAGUGUGCUAGUUACUGUAAUGCCAUAUUCUUUUGCUGAAUGUAUUUUAGCUGUAAUUUUUUGUAGGGAUUUUGCCAAACUGAAUGGCUAGUUUAUUAUAUUUUUUAUUGCUAUUAUUUUAACUUUUUAAAUUAU